AUGAGUUUAUCGCAAUCCCCUCUCUACUGGCGCAACCUGAACAACAACAACUAUCCGCUCGAAGACCCUUCAUUGGAUAAUAAUUUUGUUCCAAUCUUGGAUCCGGAUGCCCCACUGAAGACUCUCAAGUCUAUCAACGACAUGGAACCGCUUUCGCUCUGGUAUCGUAUCGACCGCUGGCUAGAAGGACAACAUCUCACCAAAUAUGACAACAAUGCCAAUUGA